AGCUAUUAUUCUAUGACAGUAAACUACUCAAGACGACACCAUAUGCCCCAUUCAGAUUUCCUUCUAGACAAUUCUCUUCUCAUUCACUUGUUCCAUCAUCAUCUGUUUGGGUCCAUCUUCCUCAGACUUUUCUGGACUGUGGGUUCCUUGAAGGCAGAGUCUGUAGAACUCAGCGGUCUGGUAUGUAAGGAUUACUCAGCUCGCUGAGAAAAUGAAUGAAGGCUUUAAUAACUUACGCUGAGGCUUUGCAGGAUACAAAGCUCGCACCUAAGGGAAACCUGAGACCCUUAAGACACUUGUCCUUGGGGACUGGUGUCCCCAGGACAUUUGCCCAGGAAAAAACUGCUUUCUACCAUUCAGGGUCAUAUCUUCCUCCGACUCUGCUGUAUUUGGCAUUGUGUGGGCACCUGUUCUCUGAGUGGGCGCCCAGUCUCCCCUGUAGAAAACGUCACUUCUGUGCUCCUUUUAACUCUGCUUGGUUUCGGCAGGUCACCACAAAUGGCCUCAUUGCCAUGAGUGAACCCCCGGCCACAGAAUCCCAUCCUGGGCUCUUCCCUCCGACCUUUGGAGCAGUGGCACCAUUCCUGGCAGACCUGGACACAACAGACGGCCUUGGGAAGGUUUACUAUCGAGAGGACUUCUCCCCCUCCGUCACCCAGCUGGCAGCGGAGUGUGUCCAGAGAGGGUUCCCGGAAGCCUCCUUCCAACCCAAAAGUGUGGUGGUUGUCACUUGGGACUCUGUCGCCCCCUACCAAGGGCCCAGCGAGGACCCCGCCCAGGAAGGCAAGAGAAACACCUUCCAGGCGGUCCUGGCCUCCUCUGGCUCCAGCUCCUACGCCAUUUUCCUUUACCCUGAAGACGGUCUGCAGUUCACGACGACGUUCUCAAAGAGGGACAAGAGCCAGGUCCCAGCCAUGGUCGCCUUCAGCCAAGGGCUGGUGGGACUCCUGUGGAGCAGCGAUGGCGCUUAUAACAUAUUUGCUAACGACAGAGAAUCAAUUGAAAAUUUGGCCAAGAGCAGCAACUCUGGGCAGCAGGGCGUCUGGGUGUUUGAGAUUGGGAGUCCAGACACAGCCAGUGGCGUGGUGUCCUCGGACGUUAGCCUGGGACUCGACGAUGAAGAGUAUGAUGAUGAAGAUUAUGACUCCGUGCCAAGUCUGGGCCCAGAGGAUGUGGGCACCACUCUCUUCCCCUCUGAGGCCCCGAGAAGGGGAGACGCUGGCCCACACAGCAGGCACAGAGCCUCCCCCCGCCGCCUGGCCACCGACAGACCCGCCGGGCCUUCCACUGAGAGGACCAGGUCUUUCCAGUUGCCCGGGGAGAGGUUCCCCCAGCAGCACCCGCAGGUCAUAGACGUGGAUGAAGUUGAGGAAACGGAAGUUGUCUUCAGCUACAACACGGACUCGCGCCCCACGUGCGCCACCAGCCGACACCAGUGCUCGGUGCACGCCGAGUGCAGGGACUUCGCCACCGGCUUCUGCUGCAGCUGCGUCGCGGGCUACACGGGGAACGGCCGGCAGUGCGUGGCCGAAGGUUCCCCCCAGCGAGUUAACGGCAAGGUGAAGGGAAGGGUCUUUGUGGGGAGCAGCCCAGUCCCCGUCGUGUUUGAGAACACCGACCUGCACUCCUACGUGGUGAUGAACCACGGGCGCUCCUACACGGCCAUCAGCACCAUCCCGGAGGCCGUGGGCUAUUCCCUGCUCCCUCUGGCCCCCGUGGGCGGCAUCAUCGGAUGGAUGUUUGCGGUGGAGCAGGAUGGAUUCCGGAACGGGUUCAGCAUCACAGGGGGCGAGUUCACCCGCCAGGCUGAGGUGACCUUUGUGGGGCACCCAGGCAAGCUGGUCAUCAAGCAGCGGUUCAACGGCAUCGAUGAGCACGGACACCUGACCAUCGACACGGAGCUGGAAGGCCGUGUGCCGCAGAUCCGGGUUGGCUCCUCGGUGCACAUCGAGCCCUACACGGAGCUCUACCACUACUCCCGCGAUGUGAUCACAUCGUCCUCCACCCGGGAGUACACCGUGACAGAGCCUGAGCGGGAUGGUGCUGCUCCCUCGAAUGUCUACAGUUACCAGUGGCGCCAGACCAUCACCUUCCAGGAGUGUGUCCACGAUAGCUCCCGGCUCGCCCUGCCCAGCACCCAGCAGCUCUCGGUGGACAGUGUGUUUGUCCUGUACAACCAGGAGGAGAGGAUCUUGCGAUAUGCUCUGAGCAACUCCAUCGGGCCUGUGCGAGAAGGCUCCCCGGACGCCCUGCAGAACCCUUGCUACAUCGGCAGCCAUGGGUGCGACACCAACGCGGCCUGUCGGCCGGGCCCCGGGACGCAGUUCACCUGCGAGUGCUCCAUCGGCUUUCGAGGAGACGGACGCAUCUGCCACGAUAUCGACGAGUGCUCAGAACAGCCCUCGGCAUGUGGGAGCCACGCCGUCUGCAAUAACCACCCAGGGACCUUCCGCUGCGAGUGUGUGCAGGGCUAUCGGUUUUCUGAGGAUGGCACGUGCGUGGCUGUCGCGGACCAGCGCCCUAUCAACUACUGCACGACAGGCCUGCAUGACUGCGACAUACCCCAGCGGGCCCAGUGCGUCUACACGGGUGGCUCCUCCUACACCUGCUCUUGUCUGCCAGGCUUCUCUGGGGACGGCCGGGCCUGCCAAGAUGUGGAUGAAUGCCAGCCAAGCCGCUGUCACCCUGAUGCCUUCUGCUACAACACUCCGGGCUCCUUUUCAUGCCAGUGCAAACCUGGUUACCGGGGAGAUGGCUUCCGCUGCAUGCCUGGAGAAGCGGAGAAAACCCGCUGCCAGCUCCAGCGAGAACACAUUCUCAGGACAGCGGGGGUGGCUGGCCCACAGCAACCCCUACCCCUGGGGCUGUUUGUCCCUGAGUGUGACGAGCACGGGUACUAUGUGCCCACCCAGUGCCAUGGCAGCUCCGGCUACUGCUGGUGCGUGGACCGCGACGGCCGUGAGCUGGAGGGCACCAGGACCAGGUCCGGGAUGAGGCCCCCCUGUCUGAGCACAGUGGCUCCUCCGAUUCACCAUGGACCCUCAGUUCCUCCCGCCGUGAUCCCUCUGCCCCCUGGAACCCACUUACUCUUUGCCCAGGCUGGGAAGAUAGAGCGCCUUCCGCUGGAGGGAAGCACCAUGAAGAAGAUGGAAGCCAAGGCAUUGCUGCAUGUCCCGGAUAAAGUCAUCAUUGGACUGGCCUUCGACUGUGUGGACAAGGUGGUUUACUGGACGGACAUCAGUGAGCCUUCCAUUGGGAGAGCCAGUCUGCAUGGCGGGGAGCCAACCACCAUCAUUCGACAAGAUCUUGGAAGCCCAGAAGGCAUUGCCCUUGACCACCUUGGCCGCAACCUCUUCUGGACAGACUCUCGCCUGGAUCGAAUAGAAGUUGCAAAGCUGGACGGCACCCAGCGCCGGGUGCUGUUUGAGACGGAUCUGGUGAAUCCCAGAGGCAUCGUGGUGGACUCCGUGAGAGGGAACCUUUAUUGGACAGACUGGAACAGGGACAGCCCCAAAAUUGAGACUUCCUACAUGGAUGGCACAAACCGGAGGGUCCUCGUGCAGGAUGACCUGGGCCUGCCCAACGGGCUGACCUUUGAUGCCUACUCAUCCCAGCUCUGCUGGGUGGAUGCAGGCACCAGCCGGGCCGAGUGCCUGCAGCCUGGGCAGCCCAGCAGACGCAGGGUUCUUGAAGGGCUCCAGUAUCCUUUUUCGGUCACGAGCUUCGGGAAGAAUCUGUAUUACACGGACUGGAAGACGAAUUCUGUGGCUGCUGUAGAUCUUGCUGUUUCCAGAGAGACGGACACCUUCCACCCCCUGAAGCAGACCCGGCUGUAUGGCAUCACCACUGCCCUGUCUCAGUGUCCCCAAGGUCACAACUACUGCUCAGUGAACAAUGGUGGCUGCACCCAUCUCUGCUUGGCCACCCCAGGAAGCAGGACCUGCCGUUGCCCUGACAACACACUGGGAGUUGACUGUAUCGAGCGGAAAUGAAGACAAGAGUGCCUUGUUCCCUCACCAAGUAUUUCACAGCAACACCCUACUUCAAAGGGUCUAGACUAAAAACUGUCUGACUUGGUGGCUGAGUGGCCACCAGCCUGAGCCUCAACAACGUUCCCUCAUUGUCCCGAAAACAUAAGCCCUGAGCUUCUGGAAUGGGAAAGUCUCUUUUCCUACACAAAGACAGGACCACUGUCGUGUCCCCCCUCCCAAAUCAAAUUCCAGACCCUUAGGCAAGCAUAUACAGCCCUGAGUGAGGGUUAUAUGCCCCAUCCCUGUGCUCUGGAAGUGUUCCCUGGCUUAGCACCCCAGUGGUGAACAGACCUCCCAGGCCUGAGCUGCACCUUCCCUGUGGCCUUACAAGCUCAACCUCACUGACACACCCAUGACUUUGUCAGCUCCUUAAUACCAGCCAGGGCCGCAGCCCAUUGGAGCUUGAAUUGGGAGACACCCUUUCUGUGAAUAAUUGGAGUUUGUUUUCAGGGGCAAAUAUAUCCCCAAGAAUCACAAGGUUUGGGGAACAUGUAGAUCGUUUAUAUAGCCCAAUCCAUAAAUUAGUUUCACUUUCUUUUUAUAUUUAUCAUUCUAUAUCAAGCUCUCUAUAUCAAAUGUUUGUCAUGAUUUUGUAUAAUUUUUAUAACUUUUUUAAAUGGUAAAUUCUUGAACUGUGGAAACCAUUGAAGGUGCUUAUUAACUGUUACCCCAGUUUAUUCAAGUGUUGGAUGACUCCUUGAGUUUACAGCUAUAUAAAAUAUUAGUGCAGAAAAUAAAAAUAAAAUUUUUGGUAAUAAA